CAGGGACUGCGGGUAGUGAGACAUAUUUACCUGAUGCUGAGACAAAUAUACUAUCUAUCAUGAUGAUGAUGAUGAUGAUGAUGAUGAUGAAGAGGAGGAGGAGGUGGAGGAGAAGGGAGGGCUUAUCAAGGCGAAUCACUCAGAGUGCAUGUUGGAGGAGUCGCCCAUUGAAAACCAUCGGCAGGCGUUUGCAGGAAAAGGUCUGUACAGACACGUACCCGCGCGUCACGUGCUUGCUGGCCUGGCAUUCCUAGGCUGCGUUAAUCUCUUCACGCUCAGAGUCAAUCUCAGCGUCGCUCUGGUUGCCAUGGUGAACUACACCCUUGUGUUGAAUACAUCGCCUAGCAACGAUGAGUGUGGACUACAAAACAAUGGGUCGCCAGCUCAGGAGGCCAAGGAUGGUGAUUUUAACUGGGACGAACAGCUACAAGGUCAUGUGCUAGGGUCGUUUUUCUACGGGUACUGUCUGACCCAGGUGCUAGGGGGCUGGCUUAGCGGAGCUGGUGGGGGGAAAGCGGACGUUCGGGUUCGCCGUACUCGUCACCUCCAUCUUGACGCUUGUGACACCGGCAGCAGCCUCUCUCCACGUGUACGCCCUCAUCGCCGUCAGGGUGUUGCAGGGUAUGGCUCAGGGCUUCGCGUUUCCAUCUAUCCAUUCACUGUGGUCCAAAUGGGCUCCUGUUAAAGAAAGGAGUCGACUUGUCGCCUUUACAUACGCAGGGGCACAAGUAGGUACGGUGCUGGCUAUGCCGCUUACUGGCCUCCUCUGUGAACACGGGUUCGCGGGGGGCUGGCCAUCAGCCUUCUAUGUGUUUGGAACUCUAGGAGUGGCGUGGAGCGUAGCCUGGGCGGUAAUGGCGUUCGAUAGUCCCACCCUCCACCCCCACAUAUCUACACAGGAGAGAGACUAUAUACUCAAGUCUGUUGGAAGCAGAAAAAAAAAGUCGCUGCAACUUCCGUGGUGCGCAGUCUUGUCAACACCGGCGGUGUGGGCGAUUGUAGGGGCGCACAUCGCUUACGACUGGGGAGGCUUCACCUCCAUCACUAUGCUACCGCAGUUUAUGAAACAGGUGCUGAAGUUCGACAUCCAGGAGAAUGGAGGUUUGUCGGCGUUACCCUACGUGGUGUUGUGGUUAGCUAACAUAGCGAGUGGGCCAAUCGCUGACUUUCUUAGAAGCCGGCAUUUUUCCACUAAAGUUACAAGAAAAAUAAUGAACUCUAUAGGGUUGUUGGUCCCCGCUGUGCUGAUGUUGGGGGUGGGAUAUGUCGGGUGUAACCCGGUGAUGGCCGUCACUCUGCUCACCCUGGGGGUGGGGAUGAGCGGCUUCACCCUGUCUGGCUUCAGUAUCAACCAUAUCGACAUCGCCCCUAGGUUUGCGGGUAUCCUGAUGGGGAUAUCCAACAGCUUUGGAACAACCACAGGUUUUAUAGGUCCAGUGGUGGUUGGCGUUCUUACGAAGGACAACCCGUCGAUGGGUCAGUGGAGAGUGUUCUUCUUAAUCACAGCUGCAAUAUACGCCUGCGGGGGAAUAGUGUUUCUUCUCUUCUCAGAGGGCGAAGAGGUGGGCUGGUCUAAAUACUCAGGGAGCGGCUCCAAAUCCUUUAGAAAUGACAUUAAUAUUGUCAUAUCACAGCCCGUUGUGAAGGAAGACCACAUAGGCAUCGAAAAAAAUGACAAUUUCACAGGGACAAACAAUAGACCUGUAUGUGCAAACAGGGUUAUAUUUAGUAUUGCUGAGAAACCUACAGUUAAUGGUUACGCGUGUGCUGAUAUGUAAUAAUGAAGCCUGUGAGUCUGGAACACGGACUUCAACUCGCUCCACAAGAACUACCGUCAACAGAUCGCAUGCAUGGUCUAAAAUGGAACAGUCAGGAACAGUGCACAUGCAUGGUCUAAACUUACUCCACUGGAACAGUCGAGAACUGUGGACAUGCAUAGUCUUAACUUCCUUCACUGGAACAGUCGGGAACUGUGCACAUACAUGGUCUAAACUUACUCCACUGGAACAGUGGGGAACAGUGCACAUACAUGAUCUAAACGUACUCCACUGGAACAGUCGGGAACAGUGCACAUACAUUGUCUAAACUUACUCCACUGGAACAGUCGGGAACAGUGCACAUGCAUGGUCUAAACUUACUCCACUGGAACAGUCGGGAACUGUGCACAUGCAUGAUCUAAACUUACUCCACUGGAACAGUCGGGAACAGUGCACAUGCAUGGUCUAAACUCCACUGGAACAGUCGGGAACAGUGCACAUACAUGAUCUAAACGUACUCCACUGGAACAGUCGGGAACAGUGCACAUGCAUGGUCUAAACUUACUCCACUGGAACAGUCGGGAACAGUGCACAUGCAUGAUCUAAACUCACUGGAACAGUCGGGAACAGUGCACAUGCAUGGUCUAAACUUACUCCACUGGAACAGUCGGGAACAGUGCACAUGCAUGUAUCUCUAACUUACUCCACUGGAACAGUCGAGAACUGUGCACAUGCAUGGUCUAAACUUACUCCACUGGAACAGUCGAGAACUGUGCACAUACAUGGUCUAAACUUACUCCACUGGAACAGUCGGGAACAGUGCACAUGCAUGGUCUAAACUCCACUGGAACAGUCGGGAACAGUGCACAUGCAUGGUCUAAACUUACUCCACUGGAAC